UGUGGUAGCUUACCGAAUUGGAAGGGCUGCAGCCAUUCAGACUGAUUUUGGUCUCAUAUUGGCCUUUGACUGGAGUAGCAGAGUUACCCUCACACUUUCAGAUUCAUUCUUUGGCUCUGUUUGUGGCCUGUGUGGUAAUUUCAACAACGAUAGUAUGGAUGAUUUAAUGAGCAAGAAUGGAGAGUUAUCAAAAGAUCCAGUGCAUUUUGGCACGAGCUGGCAAGUUGGUGGCGACCCUGGAUGUCAAAAUCAGUGCCAGGGUUCUUGCCCAGACUGUAGUGACCAUCUGAAAGAAAUGUAUGGAGGACGUGACUUUUGUGGGAAACUCACAGAUCACAGUGGACCCUUUAAGGAUUGCAUGGGCAAAGUCAAUCCACAGAGUUUCUUUGAGAAUUGUGUUUACGAUGUUUGUCUGUACAAAGGUCUGCAGUCUGUCCUUUGCCAGUCCAUUUCCACUUAUGUUACAGCCUGCCAGGAUGCUGGAGCUAAUGUGUACUCUUGGAGAUCUGCAAGUUUCUGUGAUAUUUCCUGCCCUGCCAACAGUACUUACGAGCUUUGUGCACCUUCUUUCCCUCCGUCAUGUGUUCGAAUACCUUUAAUUUUGGAUGCCUCAUGCCGAGAAGAUUGCCAGUGUAUUUCUGGAUUUGUACAAAGUGGGAUGAUGUGUGUCCCCGAAUCAGAAUGUGGUUGCUUCUACAAUGGAAAUUAUUAUGAUCCUGGGGAGAAAUUCAUUUUGUAUCCAUUGUGCACUGAGGAAUGUGUAUGUGAAACAAAUGGCCAAGUUACAUGUCACUCCUUUUUCUGUAGUUCUGGCCAGAUCUGUGCUAUUGAAGACAGAAUCCCUGGAUGUUAUCCAGCUGGAAACAAAGGGAAAUGCUCAGCUUCAGGGGAUCCCCACUACAUGACCUUUGAUGGACGAGCUUUUGAUUUUCAGGGAACUUGCAACUAUAAGAUGGUUCAUUUUUGCCCCAGAGGCUUAGCUUCUGAAACCCUGGCUCCUUUCUCUGUGCUUGUGCAAAACGCAAAGUGGGGGGCAGGAGAUGUAUCUGUUAUUCGGCAGGUUGAACUACAGGUGUCUGGCAGGAGCUUUAUUAUGACCGAAGGGGAGACGAGUAGAAUCAAGGUAGAUGGUGUUUAUUGGAACCUUCCCAUAUCACUGCCUGAAGUUCGUGUGGUGCAGCAUGGCUUUUUAGUCAAUAUGCAGACUAAUGAUGGUGUGGAGCUGGUAUAUGACCUGCAGUAUUAUUUGUUCAUUUCUGUGCCAGCUAAAUAUUACAACCAAACAUGUGGCCUUUGCGGAGAUUUCAAUGGAAAUCCUGCAGAUGACUUGAAGCUUGCAGAUGGCUCUGUUACAACAGAUGUUCAGAUGCUGGGUGCUUCAUGGAAGGUAACUGAAUCUGGAUCCAACUGUACAGAUGGAUGUGGGAAUGACUGUCCCCGAUGCAAUGUAGAUGGUGCUGUCCUGUUUGGCUCCACUAGUUAUUGUGGGCUUAUCACAGCUCCGUCAGGCUCUUUCAGUGGCUGCUUUUCCCUGAUAGAUCCUGUAGGUUUCUUUCGGGAUUGUGUGUAUGACCUGUGCCUCUCAGACUGGCGUAUGGAACGGCUCUGUCACAGUCUGCAGGCCUAUACAGUUGCCUGCCAGGAGGCUGGAGCAGAGGUUCAACCUUGGAGAAAUGAAACCUUUUGUCCUAUGUUUUGUCCUCCAAACUCUCAGUAUCGGCUUUGUGCAGAUACCUGUUCCAUCUCAUGUGCUGCUAUUUUCCAAGAAUUCCCGUGCUCUAAGACGUGUGCAGAGGGUUGCGAAUGCAAUGCAGGCUACCUGGCUGAUGGGAACAGUUGUGUUACCGUAGAGAAUUGUGGCUGCUUUGAGAAUGGACGCUAUUACAAGGUAAGAGCCAAAAUUUCUCUGAGCAGUCAUAUUUGA